AUGAACAAAAUUUCCAUCAAUAUAGGGAGCUUCGCGAACUCGAUGGAACACCGCAAACACAUCGAAGAUGAGCUGGAGGAGCUAGGACACCUACACAUUAGCAUACCCGGCUUCUUUAGCGCGUCCUCUGGGGAUGUGUCAGAUUGGAGAUGGGUGCCUCUGCGAGGCACCAGGGCUGAUCUCAUAGUGAACAUUGGAUGGCCCGAUCGCCGGCGUGAACUCAAAGUGUUGAUGGCCACAUAUGCUCGUACCUGGAGAGCUCAAGAGCGAUCCCCAUUCGACCGUCUCGGGGGCAUCACCUCUAAGCAAUUCGACAUUCACAAGGAUAGGCUGCAGUUCGUGUCUGUAGUGCUCGGGUUUCUCUGCCUGAACGAGGAGCAGUUAGGAUUUGACCCAAUGAUCAUUACCAUUGACGACAAGCGGUAUAUUGAGAUUAGCGGGAAAGUAGCAAAGAGCGCGCGAUGA